UGGCAGUGCUGACACUCGCUAUCUAGCAGCAAUGUGGCAACACCAACAGAGGGGCAAGUUUAUAUUGGUUGGUCAGCGUAAAAGGCAGCUUGAUGCAAGAUGCUCAACUACAUUAAAGAGGCAAUAAUGGCGCCGUCCACACGUAGCAGCAGCUGUGGCAAAAACAAUCAAAGUUCAACUGGCAAAGGACUGGACAAGGGCAACAGAGAUAAGGAAAGAGAACGGGAACUUGAAUCGUCAGGAAAAAUGCAAGGCUACAAAAUAACUGACAAUGAGCGAACUCGAAAAUAUGGGAUUGGAGCAAAUUCACUGGAAAUGCUCAUACGUAAAGCUCUGCUUAAAUUUCCGCUGCAGGACUUGCACAUCUAUUUGGCAUCCGAUGGUUUUGAAGUGUCCGAUGACGAAUAUUUUAACAGCUUGCCAGCGCAGACCUUAUUCAUCGUGGCUGGACCCGAUGCUGUUAUUACAACAGAUGGUGACUAUGAGUUUGAAAAAAUGCGUCAAGAGUCGCCGUUGCUCAAGGUGGCAGACAUAUUUUAUGACUUCAUUGAGCAGCAUCCGGAUAAGUUUCGUCGUAUGAUUGCGCAGUACGAACAACAAAAGCAGCGUCAUGCUCUGGACAACACCAAGGCACACUUGAGCCUAAAGGUCGAUCACCUUGAAUGGUUCGAGGGCAGCGAGGAGCGCUUUCAAUCCAAGGAGGAAGCAAUGGCAAUGAGAGCACAAACACGUGUUCGUGGUUACUAUUACAAGACCAAGGAGGAGUUGACUCGCAACAAACUGUACAGACAAAAUGCCAAGGCGAGACAAGUGAUUAAUUCUGCGCUGGAACAAUUUCGCUAUCUGCUAAUUGGCUGCGAUUACUUCUCCAUGAUGUUUAAUCGAAAGUGUCAGCAGAAGCAUGAGAUACUGCAAGAGCAUAUUGACACAGAGGAGACUGAUGCUGCCGGUGUUCCUAAUAAGCGUCUAAGACAACUCAUUAAGGACUACACUACACGCCAUGCCAUACUGGAUGAAUGGUCUGUUUCAUUAUGCACUGAUCUGGGUGAUUUCUAUUGCCAGGGUGCAUACUCAGAUAAUGGCAAUUGUUGCAGUCUACAGCACACCAUAAAUCCAUAUGCAUCGCGUGAGAAUCUUAUUUUGUUUCAAGUGUGGAAUCUCGAUCAUCAAAUUGAAUUAUGUCGCUCAAUUUUGCCCUCUCUCGUGGCUAAUGUCGAAGAGUUGGUUACAUAUCCACAACGCAAGUGCACGCUUCACAACAAACGCGUUAUCGACAUUUCUGUGCUUGAAUACUUUUUAGAGAUAUUCUCGCUGAAGAAUCUCAAGCUGGUUCACAUUGUAUGCCACGAUAAGGUACAACGUACAAAUCGCUCAAAUGGUCGUCUUCUAUGCGCUGACUGUCAUGAGUAUCGAAUUGUACAAGAGCUCAUGGAUGUAGAGACGGCAGAUACAACUUCCUAGGGAAAUAAGUCUAACGUUAUCCCUUAAAGCAAUAUUAUAUACAAUAAUGAUGAUGACACUUUAUAGAUAUAUGCUCUUAUAUACAUUUAUGAUAAGGGACGUAGCCCUUAGAAUGUAUGAAAAUUUAUGCUAUGGACAUAUGUAAUUUAAACUGGUCUGAAAUGAGUUAAGUUGUACAAAUCUCAAGUAUCUCAAAGUUAACUAUACUAUAGAAGUUUAAUGUUGAAAUGUUUACAAACAUAUUGUAUAAUGAAUGAAAAAUGACAUAUUUAUGCAUUUAAUAUAUGGUAUAUGCCAACCUAUUAUUAUAUAUUAUACAAACUAUUUAAAAAAAAAUAGCUUUAAAUGUUGUUAGCUAUAUAGCGCGUAGUUGUGUUUUGAACAGGUAUUUUAACCGUUGCCUUGUUCAACAUGUCCAUUUUAAGAAAGCAGGUAUACAUAUUGUAUUGUGUAUAAGAUCGAUUAUGAGUUCACGUUAGCGCUAGCGAACUUGAAUGUAGAAUCUCUACUUGUAUAAUAAAAUCAAAAUGAAUAA